GGACCCAGCUCCACUUUUAGACCCGUUUAAAAAAAAAGGACAAUAAUGUGUUUUGUCAGUGAGUGAACCCGGGUCUAACUCUCAGUAUGGACACCAGGUUGUUGUUGUUGACGGGAUAAGCGUUUAGCUCUUGGCUCACUUUUUUCCCUCCGUGUUUAGCUGGAUCAUCCUAACAUGGGAUUUCUUUCCGUCGCUUGCAGAAAUGCUGAAGACACAAGGAAUGGCUAAUAAGAAAGGGGCAUUUUUCACGUUGAGAAAAUAACUACAAGAGACUAAUUUGAGCCGGCGUUUUUAAAAGGGAAGUUUUUACUCUCUGCGGUGGUGGUGGUGGUGGUGGAGGCUGCAGCAGCGGGCAGCGAGCAACAGAAAGACCGACACCCCGAGGAGACUGCUCGCCUGUCUGGCUCCAGUCGUGGCCUGGCUCCGGGCACUCCCAGCUUAUCCGCUAGCAUCGGAGCACAGGCGACAAGCACAAAGCAAGGCAGCAGGGGGGGGGACUUCUUUUUGCUUAUAUCCGUGCCCCCUGGAUAUUUAUAAACUAUUUUUUUUCUUAGAAUAAGGAAUUCAAUACCCUGCAGACGGCGUCCUCCAAAACAAUGGCGUCUUAUGUGGAUAACAGCUUUCGGCAGGCUGUGAUGAUGAAUCCGGCUGAUAGGACGCAACAGGACCUGGAGAUCGUCUACUCUUAUCUCCACGGCAUGGAGGCCUUGUCCAACCUGCGAGAGCACCAGCUGAGGAUAAUGUGUGAGACGGUGCGUUAUGAGAGACACGAGGCCAAUGAAGUGCUAUACUACCCCGACGACAUUGGAAGCUGCUGGUACAUCCUGUUAUCUGGCUCCGUCUUCAUCAAGGAGUCCAUGUUCCUGCCCAGAAGCAGUUUUGGGAAGCGGUCGGCAGGCAGCCUGCGACGUGGAUGUGAGUGCAUCGUCCUGGAACCAUCAGAGAUGAUUGUGGUGGACUAUAUGGAUGAAAAUGAGGAGUACUUCCAGCGGCAAGCCUCGCACAGACAGUCCCGUCGGCGCUUUCGGAAGAUCAACCAGAAAGGGGAGAGGCAGACAAUCAUCGACACCGUGGAUCCGUAUCCCACCGGAAAGCCACCCAUAGCCCGGGGGUACCACACGCUCCCCGCAGACUUCAGCAGACUUCACCUGGCCGACGGCUUGCACCCACAGGUGACCCACGUCUCCUCCAGCCACUCAGGAUGUAGUAUCACCAGCGACUCUGGAAGCAGCAGCCUGUCAGACAUUUACCAGGCCACAGAGAACGAGCCAGGUGACAUGGACCUCAGUGGCCUGCCAGAAACUGCAGUCGACUCCGAGGAGGACGAUGAUGAGGAGGACAUCGAAAGAGCUUCAGAUCCCCUCAUGAGUCGAGACAUCGUCCGGGACUGCCUGGAGAAGGACCCAAUGGACAGAACUGACGAUGACAUAGAGCAAUUACUGGAGUUCAUGCAUCAACUGCCAGCAUUUGCCAACAUGACCAUGUCAGUGAGGAGGGAACUCUGCGCCGUCAUGGUUUUUGCUGUAGUCGAACGCGCCGGCACCAUCGUUCUCAAUGAUGGAGAGGAGCUGGACUCAUGGUCGGUGAUUCUGAACGGUUCGGUGGAGGUGACGUACCCCGACAACCGGACAGAGACCCUUUGUAUGGGGAACAGCUUCGGGGUAUCACCAACCAUGGAGAAGGAAUACAUGAAGGGCGUCAUGAAGACCAAGGUGGACGACUGCCAGUUUGUGUGUAUAGCCCAGCAGGACUACUGCUGCAUCCUCAACCAGGUCGAGAAGAACAUGCAGAAGGUCGAAGAGGAAGGGGAGAUCGUCAUGGUGAAGGAACACCGCGAACUGGACCGCACUGGGACAAGGAAAGGACACAUUGUUAUUAAGGGCACACCGGAACGUCUCACCAUGCACCUAGUGGAGGAACACUCAGUGGUGGACCCCACCUACAUUGAGGACUUCCUGUUGACCUACAGGACCUUCCUCUCAAGCCCCAUGGUCGUGGGCAAGAAGCUCCUGGAGUGGUUCCACGACUCCAGUCUCAGGGACAAGGUUACACGGGUAGUCUUGCUGUGGGUAAACAAUCACUUCAACGACUUUGAGGGUGACACUGCCAUGACACGCUUUCUGGAGGAGUUUGAAAACAAUCUGGAGAAAGAAAAAAUGUGUGGGCACCUCAGACUGUUAAACAUAGCAUGUGCUGCUAAAGCCAAGCCACGGCUGGUGACAUUGACCAAGCCGUCCAGGGAGGCUCCAUUGGCCUUCAGUCUUCUCGGAGGUCAGGAGAAAGGUUUCCGCAUCUUCAUUGAUGCUGUGGAGGCCGGGAGCAAGGCAGCAGAAGCUGGCCUUAAGCGUGGAGAUCAGAUCUUGGAGGUCAACGGACAGAACUUUGAGAAUGUCCAGCUCAUCAAAGCCAAUGAGAUUCUGAAGAACAACACCCACUUGUCCAUAACUGUGAAAACAAAUCUUUUAGUGUUUAAAGACCUGCUAACCAGGCCAGAACAUGACCAUGACAUGGAUGGUGAGGAGGAGCACGACAGAAAGAACGGGGCACCCCACCUUCCAAAGAUUGGGGACAUCAAGAAGGCCAGCCGCUACUCCAUCCCCGACCUGGCAGUGGAUGUGGAACAGGUUAUGGGCUUGGAGAAGGUCAGCAAGAAGGCAAAGGCCAACACGGUGGGAGGACGCAACAAGCUUAAGAAGAUCUUCGACAAGACACUCACCAGCAUCCUGCCUCCCAAACCAUACAAUGACGUUUGCGUUGGCCAAUCGCAGGACGACAGCAUUGUGGGGAUGAAGCAGUCCAAACAGAUCCCACCAGCUCUGCCUGUCAGCGGCAACCUCUCGUCGUCAAACCCAGAUCUUCUGCAGUCUCACCACCGCAUCCUCGACUUCAGCAACCAGCCUGUCCCAGUGAUACUGAAUAUGUCAGACCAGGUAUUACGAGUCUUCAAGGCGGAUCAGCAGUCUCGGUACAUCAUGAUCGGGAAGGACACCACGGCUAAGGAGGUGGUGGCCCAGGCCAUCAGGGAGUUUGCCCUGACCGCAGCACCGGAGGCUUAUUCGCUGUGCGAGGUCUCUGUCACGCCAGAGGGCGUCAUCAAACAGAGGCGGUUACCUGACCAACUCUCUAAACUAGCAGACAGGAUUCAACUAAGUGGCAGAUACUACCUAAAGAGCAACAUGGAGACAGAGACGUUAUGUUCGGAUGAGGACGCCCAGGACCUCCUUCGAGAAGCUCAGAUCUCCCUGUUGCAGCUCAGUACGGUGGAGGUGGCCACACAGCUGUCCAUGCGGGCCUUUGAACUGUUCUGUGCCAUCGAGCCCACAGAAUACAUCGACGACCUGUUCAAGCUGCGCUCCAAGACCGGCUCGGCCAGCCUGAAGCGCUUUGAGGAGGCCAUCAACCUCGAGACCUUCUGGGUGGCCACAGAGGUGACGCGGGAGCCUAACCAGCUCAAACGCAUGAAGACCAUCAAGCACUUCAUCAAGAUCGCCCUGCACUGCCGCGAGUGCAAGAACUUCAACUCAAUGUUUGCAAUCAUCAGCGGUCUAAACCUGGCUCCAGUCUCCAGACUGAGGGGAACAUGGGAGAAACUACCUAGCAAAUAUGAGAAGCUGUUUGGGGAUCUGCAAGACCUCUUCGACCCUUCCAGAAACAUGGCCAAGUAUAGGAACGUUCUCAACAAUCAGAACCUCCAGCCACCAAUCAUCCCCCUGUUCCCCGUCAUCAAGAAGGACCUCACUUUCCUACAUGAAGGCAAUGACUCUAAAGUGGAUGGUCUGGUGAACUUUGAGAAGCUGAGGAUGAUUGCCAAAGAAAUUCGCCAUGUUGGUCGCAUGGCCUCUGUUAACAUGGACCCUGCCCUCAUGUUUAGGACCAGGUCUCUAAGCCAGGGUAGCGCCAAUGCGGCAGUGCUCGACGUCACCCAGACAGGCGGGCACAAGAAGCGGGUGCGACGCAGCUCAUUCCUGAAUGCCAAAAAGCUUUACGAGGAUGCCCAGAUGGCCAGGAAGGUCAAACAGUAUCUGUCCAAUCUCAGCCUGGAAACUAACGAGGAGAGUCUGCAGACGCUCUCGAUACAGUGUGAACCCUCCAUAAGUACACUGCCCAAGAACGCUGGUGGGAAACGACCAGACACCUCACCAGUCGUCUCCAGAGCUGCCAGCCAACAGAGGGGCCAGCUGGCCAAAGGAAACCAGGCCCUGCAGGUCCCAGCUGUGGCCCUGUACCCAUCCCGAAAGAAAGUGCCAGUCAAGGAUCUGCCACCUUUCGGCACCAGUUCCCCCCAGUCUCUGAAGAAGAUCCUGUCUCUGUCAGAGGAGGGGAACGAAAGGCACAGAAGGCAGCCAGAGGACACCGUGUCCAACGCCUCCUCCCAGCUCUCCUCCCCUCCCACCUCCCCCCAGAGCUCGCCCAAGAAGGGCUACAACAGGAUGGGAGAUGCCUACUCAGACUCCGGUCAUAGUGAGAUCUCCUCUCGCUCCAGUCUCGUCAGUAACUCCUCUUUCGACAUGGCCCAAGAAGAAAGGAGACUCCGUCAUUCCGGAGGAAUCGGAGAAUCCCACCUCGGGGGACCACGACUGGAGCGAAGAGCAACCACCGAUCCUGACCAGUACAGCCUGGGAUCAUAUUCAUCAAUGCAAGACUGUCGAGGCAUUUACGCCGGCUGCCCUACGGUGCUCUCCUCACCCAGUUCAGAGGAACUGACUCAGGAUCAGGGUGAUCGUGUUUCCCUCGAUGCUGCAGACAGCGGCCGCGGCUCCUGGACUUCCUGCUCCUCUGGUUCCCACGACAACAUCCAGACCAUGCAGCAGGGACGUAGCUGGGAGACUCUGGCCUUUGGCGGAGGCGGAGGUGGCAUCGUAGGGCUCCCUCCUGGCGGACCGGAGGCCUUAUUAGGAGGACCUGCUGCACUGUGGGCAGCCCAAGCCAGGGGGAGCUGGGCAUCUGCCAGCUCCUCCUCCUCCUCAGCCGCGUACUGGGGAGAGGACUCUGAGGGUGACACCGGCACCAUUAAGAGGAGAGGAGGGAAGGAUGUCAACGCUGACCCAGAAACAAGUAGCAUCACAUCCACCGGAUCAGAAGAAGCCAAGCAGCUCGGUCGGCCCUCCCCAUCACCGAUCACCGCUGGGGGUAAAGGCCUCAUCACACGGAAAGAGAGCCGUUACCGUGAGCCUCCCCCAACACCACCAGGCUACACUGCCCUGACCAUCUCUGACCUCGCCGAAGGACAGCACCCAGCUCCGCCUGUUCCCACGUCCACGGCGACCCACUCUGGCCGCCGGCCACCGGACUACACCACAGCUCUGCAGCGCUCGCGCAUGGUCACCCAAUCGCCUGACUCCCACCAGGCUCACCAGGGGGCCAAACAGCGGGCGGGCGGCCUCCACCGCACUCGCUCACCGGCUGAGGAACAAGAGCCCGAGGAGGAAGAGGAGGGUGAGUCCUUGUCUUCCAAACUAGUCGCUCUGAGGAAGCCAAAGCCAGUGGCACAGCAUACACCUGAGACUCCCAGACCAUGAGAGUGUGUGUACGGGGGUUAAAAGGCAGGGCCCCUCUCCCAAAGGCAGAGGAUGAACAGGUGUCAGCAGUCUGAGGGACAACAGUGGACGUCCUUUUGCAGUAACUUGAAGUCCCCCUCGUUCGGGGUGGGCAGGAUUAAAGAGACUGACAGAUAGACAGACCAAUAGAUUCAUCAUCAGUUACGUACGUGCCUGCCUCCUCCACUUGGCUCUCCCUCCUGAACGGUGGAUUCCUCUGCUCGUCUCCCUCCCCUGCCUUAAAGCAUCAUGGGGGGUUGAAUGACCCUGCAUGCAAAAAAUACUGUGAAGAAGAAGAGAUGGAGAGAAGGUCAAAGACGAUGACAAAAUGCCUGGCACUUUGGGAAAAAAAAGACUUCAAAAAACUGGCGCCGGAGGGGUCGACCUGGCCACAUAUUCACAAAACCACAUUGAUGUUGCUGUUAGAAACGGGCCCGGCUCCUUAAGACUGGCCCCGGCCCUCCACCCAGUGAGAAAACCCCAAACCCACCUGUUGACACAACAGCAUCAUGAUGUGUUGAGCUUCAUCUGCACUUUCUCAUUUUCUACCUUCUAAAAAAAAAACAGAACAAAAUAAAAACAACAAAACAGACAGAUGAUUUGAAGACAGAAACAACAGUUGACUUGACUCUUUAUUUUAAACUCACCACUAGAUUUCUUUUCUUUUUUUUUUUGUUUUAAAUUUCUCUGACUGAUUGCACUCUGGGGGCUGAAAGGAGAAACUGAGUCGGCCCAUUUCUUUGCCUGGACUGAGACAACCCAUCUGUUCUUGAGUGUUUGAACUAUAAAUCCAGUAUUAUCUCAUGUUUCACAUGUGAAAGCUUAUCAAGUGUUGGUUCAAAUCAAAGCUAGGGGGAGAGCUCAGUAGGGAGAACCAACAUGCACAGUGUACUGACACACACACACACACACACACACACACACACACAUACACACACACACACACAAACAAUACAUUUGAUGCACCACAUACACAAAAAAACAAUUUAAAAAAAAAAAAUAGCACUUUCAGCACAAUCCUAGAUGUUACCAGACUUUUGGCCUGGAUACCAGGGUAUGAGUGAACCAUAUCUUACUGUCAUCCCACCUCUGUGCUUUUCUGGUUAUAUCAGUCUUUCAUCAUUCUGUUGCUUGCUGUUACAUCGAGAGCAUUUUUUACUGGACUGUCGGUGAUAUCAAGAAGCACAGAGGUGACUGACCCACCCACUGAAAACUGAGCAAACGUGUCGGCCUCUACAGCGCAUCAGAGGUACACAAGUUAACUAAAAUCACACAUCGCAGCUGCAGCAGACAGGAUUGAAACCUGUAGAUUCACUGUUUUCGCCCCGAAAUCGAAUGGACGUUGGCGGGAAACCUCACAUUCAUACUGGAGUUUUGGAAUCAGGACACAAACUGUUUUCUAAUCGGCAAUGAGUGAGCGCUCCGUCCAGAGACAUCUGGACUCACUGACACUAGAAAUGAUGCUCGUCUCUUCUUCUGAUAUAACGGGACACACAAGGACACACUGACCAGAUUUAUAAACAUCAGCAGAUUUAUGAUCAUCUUUUGAGUUUCCUGCCGCUUCCAUUUGCUUUGCUAAAUGUGUAACUUGUGAGUGUACCUCUUAACUAUCUACCUUUGCAGAUGAUCUUGUACAGAGUCUUAAAAUACACACAUUUACCUUAAAAACAAGUACCCAUGAAUUCAGAUUUGGCUUUUUUUCCCCAACUUGAACAUAUACCACAUUUUGUGAAUGUCCAAAGCGCCUUACGAUGCCAUGAUUGCAUACAUUUUAUCACAUGGUUGGUCCAGUCACGAAUCACCUUGCUUCAAGAACGGUCUUGAAGCAAGCAGUACUGGAGUAAAAUGCCUUAUUCAAGAUACUUAUAAGAUAUUUAAUACAUUAAGACUCAGUACAAGAUGAAAUCAAGCAUUUUCUUUGUUUUCAGCCGGCAUAAUCAGACUUUGGCUGCGGCCAUCACAUGUUACAGUGUGGUAGAUCGUCUCUUUGUCUACACACAGGCCAAGCGGGAGCCUCUUCCUCUGCUGUUGUGCUACUAGAUUCAUCCUCAGAAACUCUUCUCACCUGUUACAAGACAUCAGCUCAGUGGAUGCUGUGUGAAUAUAACGCUUGCAUCCAGUUUUACACCAUAUCUUGCCAUCAAUGGGAGUGACUGAAGGACGUUGUGAUUUUUUUUUUGACUUUGGUGGAGAAGUUGGUAUAUGAAGAAAAGGCUGCCAAUCAGAAUGAUUAGAAACCCAAUUGUGAAAAGUAACUUUUUUUCUUUCUUCUAUCACUGAGUCGCACUGAUCACAUUGAUCAGUCUUGAAAACUACAGACUGAGAAAAAGAUGAAUGAGUGCAGUGUUUUCCACUGUGUUCUGUGACUACACGCUAAUAAUUUCCUGGGUUUUUUUUUUUUUUUUUUUUUGUUAUUGUAAUUUUUUGUAAUGGCUGCAGAUAGAUUGUUGAUACAUUUGUUUGUAAUACAGUGGUGACAUGCAUCAUUCAAUUUCAUUCAACUCUGAAGAUAAUGUGCAUAUUAGCGGGCCGUGUCCUACUUCGAAAAACAAAAAGUUGCACAAAAAUGUACAAGCGUAAAGAUAAGUGUAGUAGGUAGAACUGCUACUCCGUUUGAUGUGUGAUGUCAGUGAGAAAUGUACAUUUAGCUGGUGAUGACCUUCUUUUUCUUCAUUCUUUCUUGUACUACUUUGACCUGUAUGUCUUUUAAAAAGACAAUUGGUGGAGUAUGUAUCAGUUGUUUUUGUAUUUUUAAUACAAUAAUUGUAAAUAUUGGUUAUAUUUUUGUUCAAAUGUACUAUGUUUAUGCCUCAACAUCCAGUUUAUAUGAAGCUGGGAAUCAAUAAAUACUGCAUAAAGAAUCAACACCUAGGUUUAAAUGCACUUAUUCAUUUCUUCUUCUGCAUUUUGAUGUCUUUUUUGUUUGUUUUUUUCAAAUUCCUUUUUCCUUCAGAGGUUUUUCCCCAGAUACCGUCUAGUGUUUGCACAAGUCAUGGAAGCAACUUGAAAAGUGUAACUCUCAUACUUUUCUAUCUGACCACAGUGUGUCAGACUUAAUAAAAAAGAGAUA